AUGUCUCCAACAAUACUAGUUAUCGGUGCGACUGGAAACACUGGCAGGGGUGUAAUCGAAACAUUGCCUCAGUUACUCAAAGAGAAUAAUAAAGACCAUCGCAUUAUUGCUUUGACUCGCUCCUUAGAAACUCCUGAAUCACAGGCAAUUGACAAACUACCUACAGUUGAAGUUAUUGAGAAGAAUUGGACCACAAUUGAUGUAGAUUGGUUGAAAUCUCAUGACGUUAUCAAGAUAUUCAUCGCGCCUCAUAUUAAAUUACAACAAUUCACAGAAGAAUCGCAGCUCUAUUUAGCUUCCUUGGAGGCUGGUGUGAAAUAUAUUGUAAGAGUAUCAACGUUCAAGCACUUCACCAGUCCGACCAGUCCUUUGUUCUACGGUCGUCAACAUUGGGCAGUUGAGAAUUUACUUAGCCAGCCAGAAUUCGAUAAGUUAAAUUGGACAUCGUUGCAACCGAAUCUCUAUGGUAGCACGUUCCUGAACUCGACAGCUAGUUGGAUUAAGACAUAUCGGAAGACGGGAAAAACUGAUAAACUCAAUAUAAUACUCGAUGGUGAUACACCAGCUGCUAUUAUUUCUCCUGCAGAUGUUGGUGUCGUAGGUGCACAUUUACUCAGUGCAGAUGAUUACAAACAACACAAUCGCGCUAGAUAUAUACUCGCAGGGCCUGAAGAUGUUACUGGAAAGGAUCUUGUGAAACUUGCUGAAGAGUUUACCAAUGCCAAAAUAGAUAAUAUAGAAUAUCGGUUCACUGACUGGAUCAAAAAUCUCACUGCAAUUGGUCUUCCAGAAAAUGUCAUACCAAAUGUAGAAUCUGGUAUUUCUAUCGUAUGGCAAGGACAGGCUUCUCUUUCCCAAGCAGGAAAUAGCAAAGAGAUACAGUUUGCGCUGCCAAAGCGUACAGUUCAUGAUCAAAUAAAAGCUAUGAUAGAAGGUUAA